AUGAUGAAUGAAACUACCUCACCAUCAUCAUCAUCCUCACCUCAAUCCCCACCAUAUUAUGUACUCUCCUCUGACAAUGAACCAUCUGACCCCCAAUCCCCCACUCUGGCUCAGCUACAAGCUCGUGCUCUGGCCUCUCAACAACCAUCACACACUGAACCUGAACCAGAAGUCACUUCCCCACCCCCUGAACAACAAAAUCCAACUACAUCUGAACAACCUCAAACACCACCACCUGCACAACAACCAAAUCCACCUUCUGAACCUCAACCAAUCCACUCACCAUCUGAACCAAAUCCACAACCUAAACAAACAACACUGUCCCCCUCUGUUAUUCCCAUACCACCAACUUCCGUUGCUUCCAUCACUUCCACUCUAAAUCUUGGUGACACCAAUCCACCUUCUCCAUCCUUCAUAGUCUCUGCCACUGAACCAGAAACGACCUUACCUACCCUAGAAGAAGCAAUAAAAGUUUUUGCAGAGUCUUCGGUAGAAAAGAUCAAAGAUGCUAGUAUAAGGCUCCAAGAUCGCUUGGCCAGAGAGGCUAAGGAACAUGCUAGGAAGGAAGCAGAAGAGAAGGCUCACCUGGAAGAAGAACAGAGGAUCAGAGAAGCUGAAGAAAAGGUUGCUGCUGAAGCUGUUGCUGCUGCUGUUGAGGUUGAGGCAAAAGCUAAAGCCGAAGCUGAAGAAACAGCACAUGUAGUUGUAGAGGAAGCUACCAAGGCCAGGGUUAAUGCUUUGACUUAG